UAACUAAAAAUAAUAAUGGAGGGGACCGGGCGGAUAUUAUACCGCCACGCUGUCAGAAAUUCAGAAGAUACUUUGAAUGUGGGAGAUCUAUAUCAAGUGCCAAUCAAGAUACUGCUCACCUGAUGAGACUUGAUAUUUCUGCCAGCGUCACAAGCAAUCCGCCACGCCCAUUCGUCGGAGUUGCGAGUGUCGGUGCGAGACAUGAGGGUCCGUCUGAUCCCCGCGCUAGAGGACAACUACAUGUACCUCCUCAUCGACGACAACACCAAACAAUGUGCUGCGGUCGAUCCAGUGGAGCCAAAGAAAAUUUUGUCUGCAGUGAAGGAAGAAGGUGUUUCAUUGGCAGCCGUGAUGACUACACAUCACCACUGGGACCAUGCCGGCGGGAAUGAAGACCUCGUGAAACUUGCUGGGAAGACGACCGUGUAUGGUGGAGACGAUCGUAUCGAAGCUCUCACGAACAAGGUCACUGGUGGAGAUAAGUUCGACAUAGGCAGUUUGAAAGUGAAGUGUUUGUUCACACCUUGUCAUACGUCAGGUCAUAUCUGUUACUUUGUUACGGGGCCAUCAGGAGAGGAGCCAAUAGUUUUCACAGGAGAUACAUUGUUUCUUGGAGGGUGUGGCAAGUUUUUUGAGGGGACAGGCAGUGACAUGUAUCAUGCCCUGGUGGAGGUGUUGGGCAGUCUGCCUUCUGAAACGAAAGUGUUCUGUGGACAUGAGUACACCGUGAGUAACCUGAAAUAUGCAUCUCAUGUGGAGCCUACCAAUCAGGUCCUGAAAAACAAGUUAGAGUGGGCAAAGAGCCAACGUGAUAAAAAAGAGCCAACUAUCCCAUCUACAAUUGGUGAAGAACUUCAGAUAAAUCCAUUCAUGCGAGUUAAGGAAGCGAGUGUACAGAAGCAUGCCAAAAAGACAGAUCCUGUUGCAGUCAUGGGAUUUUUACGAGAAGAAAAAAAUUCAUUUCGUCCCCCAUCCUGAUUUUUGCAUUUGGAAUAAAUGUACAAAAUCAGACUAACAUACAGAUAUCUAUACACAUUGUAUACGCAGGUUAAUUAUGGUGUUUUGAAUAUUGUUGAAAAUUGUUGCCAAUUUUAAGCCUUCUUUGUAUGGUAAAACUACUUUAAUAAUAAUUAUUAAAGGGACAUUCCUGAGUUUUCUGCAUUGUAAGAUGUUUCUGAAAACUAAAAUAUUUCUACGAUUAAACUUACAUAUUAAAUAUAUUUUCUUGUUUAGAAUAUCAGUGU